AAAAAAUUCAAACAUCAAUCAAAGCCUUAUACUCUCCUCUAAAAUAAAUCAUAUGGAUGACAUAUCAGUAAGCAAAAGUAACCAUGGAGAUGUUGUACUCAACAUCCAAGCUCCUCCUGUUUCAAAAACUUCACUUCCAUCUCCACCACUGUUAUCUGUUCACUUCUUGCAAAAGCUUAUAGCAGAGCUCGUGGGAACUUACUAUUUGAUAUUUGCGGGCUGUGCCGCUAUUGCCGUGAACGCUCAACACAACAAUGUAGUGACUCUUGUGGGCAUUGCAGUGGUUUGGGGUCUAGUGGUAAUGGUUCUUGUUUACUCUCUUGGCCACAUCUCUGCACACUUCAAUCCAGCUGUCACUAUAGCCUUGGCAUCUUGCAAGAGAUUCCCUCUGUAUCAACUCCCAGCCUACAUAACUGUUCAAGUCAUUGGAUCAACCCUGGCUUCUGCGACUCUGCGUCUUCUGUUUGACCUAAACAAUGACGUGUGCAGCAAGAAACACGAUGUCUUUCUUGGAUCAUCACCUUCUGGGACUGAUCUUCAAGCGUUCGUGAUUGAGUUCAUCAUCACCGGCUUCUUAAUGAUAGUUGUCUGUGCCGUCACAACCUCCAAGAGAGCAACCAAGGAACUAGAGGGUUUAAUCAUUGGUGCAGCCGUCACACUGAAUGUUAUAUUUGCAGGAGAAGUAUCAGGAGCAUCGAUGAAUCCAGCAAGAAGCAUAGGACCUGCACUUGUGUGGGGAUGUUACAAAGGGAUAUGGAUUUAUUUCCUGGCUCCAACACUUGGAGCUGUUUCUGCGGCCUUGAUUCAUAAACUGUUAUCGUCUACAAAGAGAGCAGACCCUGAAUUCUCCAAGACAGGAUCUUCUCAUAAACGAGUUACUGAUCUUUCUUUGUGAUGAUGUAGAUAACAUCUUUAAGGUCAAUACUCGUUUAAAUAUGCUCAAUGGCUUGCGUUUCAAGUAAACAAAUAAAUGGUUGUAGAAUAGAGCAUAUAUAAAUGCAGCAAAACGAUUUCCCUAGAAAGCGUGAGAAUCUCAAAGAACACGUAAAGAAGUUUUUCUUCCAGUUUCAUUGUCAGAUUACGCACUAUUCACUAACAUAAUAAUCAUUCAUCCGUGAUUAAAUAAAAUUGGUACUAAAAUUUCCUUACACAAACAUGAAAACAGAGAAGGUCUCCUCUUUUGUUCACACUGUGAUACAUGCGGGCGGGUCUAUGUAUAAUUCUAUACAAGUACGCGACCAGCCCAGAGGGGAAGCCACCCA